AUGGGGAAGGGGACUAUUGCAGUAAACUGGGCUCUUUCACGGGGUCUUAAAGUAGCCCAACAUACCCCUUCCCCGCACCCUCCUUCCCUGCACCUUUUCCAAAUUGUGUUUAAGAAAUUAGGUGGGCUUCUAUUCAAGCCUGGCGGGAGUAACUUGCAGCAUGCAACAACAUUCUCAUUUCUGUUUCUGGUUAAUGCUGGCUAUUUGAAAAAGACUAAUCAACAGAUUGACUGUGGUGGUAAUGUUUUGGCUUCUCCAACGCGACUCAAAGAAAUAGCAAGAAGCCAGGUGGAUUACAUACUUGGAAGCAAUCCAGAGAAUAUGUCAUACAUGGUUGGAUACGGAGGAAAAUAUCCUGAAAGAAUACAUCAUCGUGCGUCGUCAUUGCCAUCCGUAGAUGAGUACCGUGGCCACAUUGGUUGCAAAGAAGGAUCCUUUUAUUUUCAAACCCAGAAUCCAAACCCCAACUUGCUUUCAGGAACUCUUAAACACUUGGGGUGCGGGGAAGGGGGGUGUGGGGUGCUGGGAAGGGGGUGCGGGAUAAAGUCAGUUUUUGGUUUUGUGGGGCUUUUCUAG